CCCCGCUCCUCUUCUCCUGCAAAUAAAAGCAUGAGGAGCUGGAGCGAGCCGAGCCGCUAGACACACAGGAGCCGCCGCAGCGAGGGAGGGAGGGAGGCAUCAUGUUGGGCCACAGGAAGAAAGCAGGCGCGCAGGUGAAGAACGGAGCCGGGACAUCUGAGUCUAAGGCCAUCGACCCUCUGAGGAAUCUGGGAGUACAGGAUGAUGAAGAUGUGAAGCGGAUGUUGCAGGGCUCAAGCAUGGUGAAGGUACGCUCACCUCGCUGGCAAAAGCGCCGAACGCUGAAGCUGCUGGAAGAUGGUGUCACUGUCUGGUGUCAGUCACACAAAACAUCAAGUCGGGCCAAGGAGCAACAAUCCUUCUCCAUCUUGGAGGUGGAGUGUGUCCGAGAAGGUUGCCAGUCAGAGACAUUGCGGCAGAUAGUUGGCUCAGUACCUGAGGCCCGGUGUUUAACAGUGGUCUUCAAAGGGCCCCGCAAGAGCCUGGAUCUCCUCUGCCAGAGCCAAGAGGAAGCUCAGCACUGGGCUCGCGGCAUCCGAACACUGCAGGAGAGGUUGCAGAACAUGACACAGAAGGAGAAACUUGAUCAUUGGAUUCAUGCUUACCUGAGUCGGGCCGACCAGAACCACGAUGACAAAAUGAGCUACGAUGAGGUGCAGAAGCUGCUGCAGAUGAUCAACAUUGACCUGAGUGACCAAUAUGCCCGCAGCCUCUUCCAGAAAUGUGACCGGUCAGCUGAUGGUCGUCUGGACCACGGAGAGAUUGAAAUUUUCUGCAGGGAAUUGUUACGGAGACCAGAGCUCGAUGCUGUAUUUAUCCGCUACUCUGCAAAUGGCUGCGUACUUUCCACUGUGGACCUGAGGGAUUUCUUGAAGGACCAGGAGGAGGAUUCUUCACUCAUCCAUGCUCAAAGUCUCAUACUCACCUAUGAACUUAAUGAGUGGGCCCAGAAGAACCAGUUCAUGACCCCCAAUGGUUUCACCAUGUACAUGCUUUCUAAGGAGAACUGUGUGUUUAAUCUGGAACAUGCUAGAGUUUAUCAAGACAUGACACAUCCAUUGGCGCACUACUUCAUCUCUUCAUCCCACAACACCUACCUCACUAAGGACCAGCUAACUGGGGACAGCAGCACAGAGCCAUACAUACGAGCUCUGAAUCAUGGCUGUCGGUGUGUGGAGCUGGACUGCUGGGAUGGAGAUAAAGGAGAACCAGUCAUCUAUCAUGGACAUACUCUCACCUCCAAAGUGCCCUUUGUGGAAGUCAUUGAGACUAUCAAUGAAUAUGCUUUUAAAGCGUCUCCCUACCCUCUGAUCUUGUCUCUGGAGAACCACUGCUCUGUGGAGCAGCAGACAGUAAUGGCUCGACACCUGAAAUCCAUCCUGGGGAACAAGCUGCUCAUCAAGCCCCUCAGUGGUCUGGAUAACCGCUGCUUGCCUUCUCCAGAAGCUCUUAAGGGUAAAAUCCUGGUGAAGGGAAAGAAGGAGAGGAUGGAAAAGGAGGGCUCAUCUAGCUCUUCAGACCUCAGCUCCUCAGAUGAGGAGGCUAGUCGAGGCAAAAGCAAAAGUCAGAAGAAGAAAGAAGACAAGAAGCCGGCUGUGUCUAAGCUGAGUCCCGAGCUGUCAGACCUGGUGGUGUACACUCGCAGUGUUCCCUUUAAAGACUUCGAACAAGCUGCCAAAAGUCCAGCCACCGACAUGUCAUCUUUCUCUGAAAGUGAAGCACUCAGGCAUGUUAAAGACUCAGGGAUGUAUUUUGUACGUCACAACAGUCACCAGCUCAGCAGGAUCUACCCCUCAGGCCAGCGCCUCCAAUCCUCCAACUACAACCCUCAGGAGAUGUGGAAUGGAGGCUGUCAGAUUGUUGCUCUGAACUUCCAAACACCUGGGGAGCAGAUGGACCUAAACCAAGGUAGGUUCCUACAAAAUGGACAGUGUGGAUAUGUCCUGAAACCUGCCUUCAUGUACCAGCCUGCCACCACCUUCAACCCAGAGAAUGUUGGAGGAGGUCCUGCCCACAAACCAGUCCUGCUCACUGUUCGGGUUAUUUCAGCUCAGCAGCUGCCUAAACCAGAAUGUGACAAGCCCAGCUCCAUUGUGGACCCUCAAGUCUGGGUGGAAAUACAUGGUGUUCCGAUUGACAACGAUAAGAAGAAAACUCAUCAUGUUGACAACAAUGGCUUUAACCCGCGUUGGGACUGCACCUUUAACUUUACCAUCCAUGUCCCUGACUUGGCUCUGGUCCGCUUUAUGGUGGAGGAUCAUGACUACACCUCAAGCAAUGACUUCCUGGGCCAGUACACCUUGCCUUUCACCAGUCUCCGCACAGGUUAUCGCCAUGUCCGACUGCUCAAGUUGGAUGGUUCAAGUCUUUCCCCCGCCUCCCUGUUUGUGCAUGUGAAGGUCACCCCCUGUCAGCGCAGUCCUUCCAAAUCAUCAGCUAAAACACCAGCUACAUCACCAACUAAGUCUACAACUAAGAGGCCCUAAUUCCAACAGCAUGCAUCCCACUGAGAUGUAUGUGACAUAUCUGCAUGUGACCAAAUAUAAAUUCUGGGCCAUAAAUUUUAAAAGUCGGUGGCUCCAACCUUCCCCUGCAGUUGUAGCAAUAUCUUCAACCUGUUUAUAUUUUAUGAAACAGAUUAAUUUUGCUGAUGCAAACAGUUAAACUGACCAGUAUUCCAAAUUUGUGAAGACAAAAGAAAACACAGUUUUGCAGUGCUUACAGCUAAUUAUGUUAUGCAAUGCAUGCCAGUGACUUUUGUCACUGAUCGGAUGCGUAAACGGAGACCAGAGCAACAAACUAGAUCUUAGUUAAGGUUCUGGUAUGUGGAUUUAAGUGCACUCCAAGCCUCAUUCCGUCCAAAACUAUCAGUCGCAGAUUUGUGAAUACUUGAAGCUAGAGUAGUGAUUUUAAUACUUAAUUCAAUAGAGUGUUGACUCUGAGAGCAAAACUCCCAGCUAAGUCUGAGGCCUUUUGCAGGAGGGACUUUUUAAUGGUAUGUAACUAUUUUAACGUGUAUUUGACCUCAGUAUUCUUUGAAAGGUUGUGAAGUGAUCUGUUCUAAUGUGUCUCUGCUGUGAAAGAUUUGGGGUAAAAUUCACAGUUAUUAUUCUGUGCAAAACCACAUUCUUAGAUUCAUCUAAUGAUAAGAUUUGGCUUUAGAAAUCUCAACUCGUGUGGGUUAUCAAGGUGACAAUCAUUUAAUGUUCCAUUAUGAUACCUUCAAGGUAAACAGCAGAAUUAAGUUUGUCACUUUAUAAUGAUCCAGGAGUGUGCACUUAAAUCAGAGACUGAUUAGGCUACAAUCAACUGUUAUUAGCUGACAAUGCUGCAUUAAUGUUGUCUGUACAGGGCCUUACCCAAACAAAGUGGGUAUCAGUGCCCUGGUAGUAAUGUGUAGGUUUAUUGCUGGUGUUUUGUCCAGACAAAACAAGCUAUGUAAGACUAUCAGGACAGAUCCAUCUGACUCAGCUCGUUGAGGAAGCAAGAAAUUUUAUACUAAAAACACAACUGUGGAAGACACUCAGUUGAUUUGUCCAACUUGUUUUGCUAAUACCUUAUAUUAGCUUGAGCUAAAUGUAAGCAUCGUUGCCUCACAGCAAGAAGAGUCGGGCUUUGAACCUGUGGCCUUUUAGAGGGGAGUUUGUUCAGAUAAGUGAAUUGCUUGACUCUAAAAUGCCCAUAGAGGUGCAAGUCCAGAGGGCUGUAUCACAACGCAAGUUUGACAGAGCUGGGCUUUCUCCGUAUGAGUGGGCUCCACAAAAACUAAAGCCCCAGUUAGAGGUAACAGGUAUAACGAAGGGGGUUAUCAACUUUAUUUGUUAACUCAAACUUUCUGCUUCUAACUCUGUGUGCUCGCAUGAAAGGAGGCGUUUAACACGUCAUGUGACUCUUGUUCUAUUAUAAAUAAACCAAUCAUGUACCGCUGCUUCAGUCAGUAGGUUGUUUUAAUGGAGAACUACAAGAAUCUAAUAAUUUAUGACAGUUAAAAGCACUGCUACUGCAAAUGAUGCAAGACAGGUAUGCUGGGAGAAAGCUGUUAAACGUGUGUUAAUAUAAUUAUUUUACCAAUUAUUUUAGAGUUGUUAAACUUUAAACUUCAUAUAUUUAAACAUGAUAUUGUAUUUGGAGCGCAUUUAGAUUUGACAUUAUACAGGUUUUUCAAAUUAGAUGUAUCCCAUAAUACAGAAUACCACUCAUUUUUGCCCAAAUCAAAGUGAAAUUAUUUAUUGAUUCUCUGUAAUAAAUACCAAUAAUAUAAUCCAUUUUAAUCUGUGUUCUAAUAACUGCAGUACCAGCAGUGUAAAUGGACUGAGCAGCAAAUCAGGACUAAACAUAAAAACAUAUUUAUGCGAUUUGUACUAACCCACUAAUCUUGUUUGGUAGUACAGCACUCAGAUCUCGCCCAGUCUCAACUGGUUUACCUCCGACCCUCUGCAGCCCUCAGUAAACAUAAGCAUGUAUAGCUUUAAAAGUCUUUGUAGAGUGGUCUCAUGCACAGGAAGCCUUCAAAACCAGUUGGAGAAAUGAUAACAUCUAUCAUCAAAUCCCGUCCCAGUACUUUUUAAUUUGCAGUCUAGUGGAUGAUUUUGAUUAUAUUCAGUAUCUGUUCUUUCUUUUUGUCAGUGAAUGACUGAAACCAAACUAUAUGAUGAAGUAGUCACCUCAGCUUUUAUAUUAGAAAUAGAAUAUGCUCAAUUAUGCAAUAGCAAGAUAGUGUGCACUAGAUAGAUCCGCUGCCUUGUUGGAUGAUAUUCUGUGUUAUGCCUCUCCUAGUAGUAAUUAUUAGAAUUUUUUAUAAUCUCUUUCUCAUUGUUUACUUUGUGUUCAAAUAUGUUCUGUGCCAGUUUGAUUGAUAAUCUUGGCAACUGUGGAGUAAAGACUUUGUUUCUGUCAAUGGUUCAACAGAUCAGAAGAUUUAUUUCUGUUUUAGACAAAAUCAUUUACUGUCAUGUGUUGUGUUAAAGAAAGUUUUAUACAGUGCUUUUGUAAGUGUUUUGCAGAAGUUAGUUUUGGAACAUUCAUAUUUUUUUUUGAUUUACCUGUGACAAAAAUGACUAGGUAUGUUUCUAUGUGAAUAUAUUAGAAUAAUAUCAUGGAGAGUUUUAGAGGCAUUCUGUCAGUGCUGGGUACUGAAAACACUUUCAGCAUUAGUCUUCAACUGCUGUCAGAUAUGAAUCUUGACAAUAUUGCACUUACUUACACUCAUAAUUGUACUCAGAACCGUGUAAACUGUAAGUAUAACUACAUAGUAUGUCAUUUUUUAAAAAAAAAAGACCAAAGUUUGUGUUUUUUGAACAGUAGCAAUAGUACAAAAACUUUUAUUCAAAGCAUUGACAUUGUUCUUGUUUAUUUAUUGCAUCUAAACAAUUGGACUGUUUGCUUUUGUGAACACAAGCUGUACGAUAACCAACCUCAUGGUAUUUAUUAUAAAGCAUAUAUGCAAUUCAAUAAAAUAUUCUAAAAA